AUUUAAUAAAAAUAAGGCCCGCCCCUCUCUACUCUCUUCUUCUUCAUCAACAAACACACGCACACAGCCCUCACGCAGUCGCGGCCUCUGUUUGAUUUCGCCUGCUCUCCUUUGGCUCGACAAAGAGAAAAAGUAUAAUAAUGGUGGCAAAAUCGAAGGAUCAUGAUUGGAUCCCAUUGACGCCUAAGGUCAAAACUGCUUCAAAUCGUCGUAAAAAAUCGACAGGAAAAGCAGACACCACGAGAAUGAAAGGCGGAGCUUCAAAAAAGCCCAAGAUUUUGAAGAAGAGAAGACAAGUGCGGAAGAGGAUUUCGUCGAACAAGUUAGCCGAGCUGACAAGAGUGGUUCGCGACAUUGAAAAACACACGUGCACUACUCUCAACUCAUCUUGGAUGAAUGCGAAAAAGGAAAGAUCGAAUACCUUCAUAAGGAGGAAGGACUUUAAAUCUGGUUUUGCAGCUCAUAUCAUUGGAGUUCAAGACCAUACAGAGGAUAAGGUUGUGGUUUCUUGCCAUGGGAAUACAGAGAAUCACACGCAGUCAGAGGAAGACAUCACAAGUAAAGACAAGGACUUUGAUAUGGAUGCUAGUACACAUAAAAUGGAUUGUGAUGGAGCUAAUACACAUGAUCAAAAUGAUUGUGCUGCUAUUGUUACUAACAAUGAUGUUCUCUUUAGUUCCUUCUCUAUGCCUCCUCCGUCGAGUGAGAAGGUUGAUUGCCAUGGUAUAAACAACUCUGUGAUUCUUGAAGCUCAACAAGUGGUUGUAAAUGAAACAAAUGGCAGGGAAAUGGCAGUUGCAGAAGUCAAGGACGUUGCUUAGGUGCCACUGACACCUCAGAUUCAAGCAAAAGUUGUGUACUCGGAGAAAGAAAAUGGAACUGCAAACAACUACGAAUAUUCUAAGUCAAAUAUUUCAGGGUCGGCUGCUCCAAAAUGUGGAAAAUCAGAGAGCUUGAUAGGUUAGAUAAAAGGGAAAGGGUUGUUAUUGAUUUAUCGUCAUUUUUUUUUCGUGAGCUAGCAAUUUGUUGUAGAUAUUCUCAAGAAGAUGUGCACACGCCAUAAGAAGCCGCACAAGAGAAAGAAGAUGAAGAGACACAACCCCAAAGUCGGUCCUAUCACACCUUGCACUCCCAAACCUCGUACUCCAAAGCCCGCCAAGAAAGUGAAGAAGAAAAGUGUUGAUUCCAUCAAUAUUGAUGCGAAAGCAACUAUUAGUAAACGAGUGUGCAAACGUAAGUUGGAUUUUGGUGAAGAAUGUCCCGCCAUGGGCCAAGAGGAGUUGAUGAAGCCACAAGUUACGAAAGAUGUUCCAUCAGAAAAGGUAGGGCCGAAUACCCCCAAGAUAUGCAAGAAGAGAAGGUGGAUGAGACGAACUGCAAAGUUGAACAAUUUGAUCAGAUGGAUUCAUGAGCAGUUACCUGCAACUCGUACACAAGUUCAAGAAGAGGAGGUGGAUAACACGAUUUCUCGCACACAAUUUCAAGAAGAUGAGGUGGAUAACACGAUUUCUUG